AUGCCACAGGCCCCGACGCCUGUGUCACGUGACACGGCCGAACCAAUCACUGGGCCGCCCUGGGGAGGCAGAUUUCUGUCGGGCCAAUCGGGAGCCGGCCGGGCCGAGUGGCGCACGAGUCGGGUGACAGCGCCUGGCGCGGCCACGGGGGGCCGAGAGGGGUCAGAGCGAGCGGGGGCGGGGCGCGGGGUCAGAGGGUCAGGGCGCGGAGGCCGAGGAGGGGCCGCGGCCAGCCCCAUGUCAGUGGUGCUGGGCCGGGGCUGCCGCUGGUUGGCGCCGUGCAGGCGCCGCUCCGGGGCUGGGCUGCGGACCCGGGGCAACUGUCAGCAGGGAGAGCCGGCCAGCCUGGAAAUCAAACCCAAGACAACCCACGUUCCAAAGAUUUACACAAGAACAGGAGACAAAGGGUUUUCCAGCACAUACACUGGGGAGAGGCGAUCUAAAGAUGAUCAGGUCUUUGAAGCUUUGGGAACAACAGAUGAAUUGAGUUCUGCUAUUGGGGUUGCUAGUGAAUUAAGCCAGGAAAGUGGCCACACAUUUGUUGAACAACUUCACAAAGUCCAGUGUAUGCUUCAGGACGUUGGCUCCAACAUUGCAACUCCUCUCUCCUCAGCCAGGGAGGCUCACUUAAAACGGACAUCAUUUAGUGAAAAGCCAGUGCUGGAGCUGGAGCAGUGGAUUGAUAAAUAUUCAGACCAACUUCCACCUCUCACUGCUUUCAUUUUGCCUUCUGGAGGUAAAAGUAGUGCUGCUCUUCAUUUCUCCAGAGCCGUCUGCCGAAGAGCAGAGAGGUGUGUUGUUCCUUUAGUACAAGGAGGAGAGGCAGAUGCAAACGUGGCCAAAUACUUGAACAGGCUUAGUGAUUUUCUCUUCAUUUUGGCACGUUAUGCUGCAAUGAAGGAAGGGAAGGAAGAGAAAAUAUAUACAAAAAGUGAACCAUAAAUUGGAGAUGGGACUAUACUUUCUAGAUCAUGAAAAGCUAAAUCCAGCCAAGUUUUCUUCUGCAGGCAAGGCGGAGAGGAGAGAAUGAGCAUGAAUUCAAAAUGUGAAUUGCCACCAAUUCCCCACAAUAAAAUCAUUCAGGAACUUGUUUAUAA